UCAUUCUUCUCUUUGCUGUGACGCUACCCAUGGUUAUUGCACAUUCGUAUGCAUUUGUGUGCUUCCGUGGAAGUGUCAAUAUCGCGCUUUGCUGUUCCAUUUGCUUGUAUAUGUACAGUGGUCACAUAACGACGAAUUGUGCUUUGGUAUAGUGAUAUAUGAUCGACGGUAUAUAACAAACCGCGAUCCAGUGAAUAUUAUAUUCACGUACAUACGACGAGUAGUUCGUCUUUCUGUUUAGCGUACCGAGCGGCACGCACUACAACGGUGGCACACAACACACCGCAACCAGUGGCUGAAAAUCUGCAACACGAUUAGUUCAAUGCCGGACAAUUGACAUCUUAUGUUUAUCAUAUAGACAAUUAUCAAGCUCAAAGCCGGUACCUACGGAAGUAAAUAAACGUAGAAGAAUUCAAGCAUCUUCAAAAAAAAAAAUUCCCAAAAAAAUUUGUCAGACGUUUUCGACUGUGCUCGAUAAUUGCAGAAAGAUUAUCGUUUGCAAUGGGUAUUUUGGGCGGCCAGCAAUAUUGUCCACACCAAGUGCAGCAUGAACCGAUGGAUAUCGACAUCCCGCAACUGCUUCGUAGAAAUUGCAAGCGGCCCUGGGAACAUGAGCCAUGCAAUGUAGAACCGAAAAGGUUUCGGCGAGCUUGAGGCAUCCUGCGACCUUCAUAUUACAGAUAAAUGGUAAUGGCCACAUUCACUACGAAACGGAAAAUACGAAGACUUAUGAAAUGGACCAGAUGCAAGAUCCAUCAUCGUCGAUAUCUUUAGGUAUCACUGGCCAUAGUUACCAAUCCUAUUUCUUGCCAGUUGAUAAAUCUAGUUCAAUAAGUAACCCAAGUUAUAAAUAUAUUUCGUCCAGUAACAAGUUUAAGUUAAAUAACAGCGAUAUGGAGUAUGAAAGAAUGUUAUUUGAGACACAUGGAUGCACUGUAUACCAUCAUCAGCGCAUUCAAUUGUUGGACAAUAACCAUAUGGAGACAGAAUUUUGAGUGAAAUAUUUGAAAAUUCUGAGUAAUAUAUCUGACAAUUUGAUAUAUUUUAUUAUAUUUGAACUUGUACUAGAAAAUUUUAUUGUGUAGUACACAUUAACAGUAUAUAAAUAGAUAGUUUGUGAAAGUGAGAGAAUAAAAAGAAAAUACAUAUUACUUUUGUAAAAGAUUUCACAAAUUUACAUAUGGAGAUUUAUAAUAAAUCUUGACAUAUAUUUUGUAAGUUUUGAAAUACAGACAGAAUGUUUUGUAAACUAUAAUACACUACAAUAUAACAAAUGUAAUUUGUAUUAUAGUUUUAUAUAUGAACACAAUAAAUAUUUACUUUUCUAAAUCUGGCAACAUAA